UGAGUGGAAUGGAAAGAAUCAGUUGUGACUGCAUGUGUCGUGGACAUUCAUGGACAGUGAUGGCUGUUAAUAGGAGACACGCUAGGCUGAGUGUGAAACUGGAAACCACUGGAGCACAGAUGAGUACUAAGAGCCCCAUUGUGGGAACUACAGUUUAUUUUCAGUGUCAAUGAAUGGUGGUGGACGAGUGAAGGGUGAAAUGGAGGUCGAGACCCUCUUCUUGGUUGUACAGUGUAGACCUGUUAAUUACUAACACUUUAAAUAAACGUUGAUGGCGACCCUUGAGAAAACAGACUCAAAUACCUGACAUAGAAUGUGGUGCAGAACUAUUGUGACUCAAAACCUUAAUAAAAAUGAUAUAAGGCAUUUUGGAACAAAGGUUAAACAGUCCAGUUACAGUCAUUCAUUUGACCCACCAUAUUUUAAAGAUAAGGAAACUUUGCAGCAGCAAACAGAACAGACAUAUAAGGUUAAUUUAAUAUAAUUGUAUCGCUCCAUAACUGGCAGCCUCAUUACCAAAGGAAAAAUGCAAAAGGGAGAGAAUGCAAUUAGCAGAAUUCACUGUGAAUAAAAGAAACUGGAGCGUUCAUAAUCUGGUAUUUAGAAAAGAGUCGGUAGACUCUGGGAAAUUGGAGCUUGCAGUGAAGCUGUUAUCUCCCCGUGCCAGGUGCCCCUUACCACCUGUGAGAGCAAAACCUGCGCCAACUUCAAUAUAGUGAGUCUUUUCAAUUUCAGGGGCGAUGAAACUGGAUUGAGCGCCACAUGUGCUUCAUUCUCCCACAGCAGACUUACAAUGGGUAUUAUGAAGUUGUUGAGGUUAAAUGAAAAGGGCCACUUUUCAAUUUAGUGGGGGGGACUAGGAAGAAUGCCAUCGCGAAGGCCAGGCCCAGUAGAUUUAAAAGUAUGGCAGGUAGAGUCGGGGAAUAUGUUGGGCAAAGAACGUUGGCGAUGGAGAUACAAGGAAAAAGGAGGACAGGAAGGCAACCAAUGAGAUUGGACGUGUUAGAGAAAGAGGAGAGGUGUGAGGAGAGGUAUCAUAACCUCUAAUCUGCUAAACAUAAGACAUCACAAAUAAGGCUGAUGGAUCUUACCAGGUAUAGGUUGAUGCAGGGAAGUAGAACCACAUCAGUCAGAGUGAAGAAGAGCCCCUCAGCAAACACAUGCUCCAGAGGCGGCAGAUCCUUCGUCAUGACUUUUCUAAUCUCAGAGUUCUCCCUGGUGGUCAAAGUAGGAACUGCAUCCACAGACAGUUUAGCCAGAGCUGUCCUGAGCUCCAGUCCAUCAGAGACUGGGUGAGAAAGUGCAGGUGGUGAAUCAGAUUCUGUAUUGGACUUGUUAUUUUCCACCCGUCUCUGUUCCUUCAGUUUCUGUCUCCGUAUUUUGUCAUCAUUGUGGACCUUGACAGGCUCAGCAAGCCGCUGCUCGAGGGUGAGGAUGGAGGGGGGAAGCUGCAGAUCCAGACUGGAAGGAUUGUGACGGAGUUCCUCCACAGCAGAGGGGAUGUCCAGUUCACAGAGUCUGGUCCACUUGCUAACCUGGGGUGGGAAGGCACUAUGAAUAAUUACAACACAUUAAAGUUGAUUCAUUUUUUAAGGGAGGAGCUGCUUCUGUUUGUUACUAUUUAGCCCAUUUUAUUCGUUAUUAAGACAAGAAAGCUGAGAACAUCAAAUACAUCAAAUGCCAAAAAUGGAUUCUACUUUUUCCAAUUUGUUUUUACUCCAAACAACACAUCACAAUUUAUCAUCACCACAUAGGCUGGAGUGAUAGUGGUCUGGAAUUAAAGCAGAUCCUUUUUCCUGAAAUUUGAAGCCCACAUUCCCUUGCUUUGAAAAAAAAAAAGUAACUUUCUCUUGUUAGUUAUUAUUAUGUUAUUACGGACACAUGUGGCAAUAGAGUAUAAUUCAGGUUGGUCGUGUUUUAUGAUUGGUGCCUUUUAUUUCCACCGCCUUACCUCAGCACAGGCCUUGAGACAUGUCUUCUUAAAGCCCAGCAAAGACAAAACAUCAUUCCUGGAUGGGUCUGCCACAACCGUAGUGUUGACAAUGUGCCUCAGUACCACAGCGAGUCCUGCCCGGCAGAGAUUCCCGGAUUCAUCCAGACAAGCAGGAAGACGGCAGCCUUUCACCAGAGGGUGCAGCUCCUCAUACUGGAUGUCACAAACUUCCAAAUAGUCUGGUAGCUGCUUCUUAAGAGACUCAGAGUUGACGGUUUUGGUGAAGACCAGAAACACUUUGAAAGAUUUGCACUCACAGUACGACAAAAGAAACAAAACGAUGGAUGUGUGCAGACAGGGCUGAUCAUCUUGGGAGGAAACUUGCAGGUAAAGAGAGGGACGAUGCUGCUGAGUGCAAGCUUCCUUCAUUGUAGAGACCUGCGGGUAAAACAGAUGAGACAUCGUCAGGAAUGCAAGUCAUUUGUUCGUUAUCUUCCAUCACCUUGCGGGGACACCCAACGCGUUGACGUGUACCUAAAUACUUACAGUUAAAACCGGCGGAAAUUACAAAUUACACAGCAAUAAAAAAAAACUAUACAAAUGGCAAUGAAGUAGCAACUGCUCAGUUGUUGAAUCUUAAAUGUUAAGUCUUAAAACAACACGUAUCUUUAAUCGUCUGGAUGCUUGCAAGUCGUUUAAGUAAAUGAGACAAACGACCACUGUGCAAAAACAAAGCAGUACUCACUUUUUUACAACGGUAAGUCAAAACGACAGAAACCACGUUGACCUGGCAUAACAAAUGCUUCUUCUCCUUUGCAAAUGAGGAAACUAAAAUCAGCACCACAGCGCCAUCGUGUGUCUGUCCUAAAAUACAUGGACACGUGUCAACACGUGUUUUGUACGUGUUUUGUUUAUUUAUUUCAAACGUGUAAAUAUUACAAUUAUAAUUGUAUCUUUACGUGGUCAUUACUUAAUGUUGUGGGCUGAGUUAACACUUUAUUGUAAACAUAGAACACGCUUCUCUAAAACAAGGUUCCUAGUGUCCACUGGCGGACAUAUUUUAAAGUUGCACCGAAGUGGGAACUCCGACCCGCUCUUCCGAGGAGACGUUUCGGAUAUUAUCUCGUUAAAAUCACUGUUCCAGAGUUUGCACCAUGGCUGGGCCAGUCAGUUUGGAAUUGGAUCCCAUUUUCCUGAAAGGGCUCAGCUACCUGCACUCAAAGAAUAAAGACUCAGCAGAGAAACUCAAAGCGCUCCUCGAUGAGUCAAUGUCAAGAGGAAGUGACUCAACUUAUCGCUCAUUACAGAAAGAUAUUGAUCUGCCCAAAAGUUCUGUGUCAAAACUCAGUCUGAGUAAACAGGAGCCUAAGACCUACCCUGGCCCUGCAACCAGCAGCGGCACUGCCAACAAAUCCAGCUCUGAGAAGGUCAAGAAAGAAGCAGAAAAGAGAUCAUCUGAGAAAUCAUCCUUUUCCUCUGUCCAGGUCAGAGUUGAUGUGGGAGAUGUGGACCCUCCGAAAAAACCCCGUUUGGAGAAGCAGGAAAAUCGAUCAUCUCCAAUCACUGUGCAAACAAGCAAAGAUUUAAUGGCACAUAUCAACGACUACGAUGAGACGAAUGCUGAUGACUUUGCCAUGGAGAUGGGACUGGCUUGUGUCGUGUGCAGACAAAUGACGGUGACCAUGGGGAACCAGCUGGUGGAGUGCCAGGAGUGCCACAACUUGUACCACCAGGACUGUCACAAGCCCCAAGUAACCGACAAAGAAGUGAAUGACCCGAGACUCGUGUGGUAUUGUGCUCGAUGUACCCGCCAGAUGAAGCGAAUGGCUCAGAAACCCCCUCAGAAACCGUCCCCUGUCUCUGCAUCGUCAGCACCAGUCGUCAAAGACACACUGGUAAAGAAGACGGAGCUAAAAGCCAAACCUGACACAGCCAGCACUUUCCAGGCUUUUAAAAGAACGGAAGUAAAGACUUCAACAACAUCCUCCAAUCCCACCAGUGGUAACUCCUCAUCAUCAGGGAGUGGUCUGACUGGCUGGGCUGCGUUCGGUGCAAAGACAAAUUCAGCUCUGCCUGCAACUUCCAAGCUUGGCUCCUCUGGCCCCAGUGGAGGAGGCAAACCAAUGGCAGCAUCCUCAGGACAGAAACCUGUAGGUCUGUCGGGUCUAGCAGGGUCAAAAUCUGGACUUGGUGCCGCCAAGGUACCAGGUAACGGCAAUGGAAGCGGUACGAGUCAGGUGACUCUAAAACCGCCUCCACCGCUGACACUGGGGAAGCAGCAGCUGAGUCGCUCAUCCAGCAGUGAAACUCAAGGGAAGGUGUCGACAUCAUCGGGUGGAGGGUCUCCUGGCAGUUCCCACUCCAGCGGAGGAGGGAACGGAGGGAACGGCAACGGGGGAGGCAACGGAAACAAUGGAAACGGGUCAAAAGGUCAACAGGGAGAAAAGGCUCAUGAGUCCCAGCUCAACGCCAUGAAGCGGUUACACAUGGUCAAGAAGAAAGCUGCUCAGAAGAAGCUGAAGAAAUGAGUCGAUCGGUUUGAAGAACAUGAAGAAGAGUGUGCGAUCGGUGCCACAGCCAGUCUGUAUGUCUCACAAAACACAUUUCAACUACUUGAAUUACACUUGUGUCUAUGCUGCUGUGCCUCAUUUUGUCCUCAAUCCUACAUAAGAAGUGGAAAUAAUCACUUUUUAUAACAUUAAA